AUGAUCCAUUUCCUCAAUAUGUGCUCACCCCGACAGGAUACUGUGAAACUGAUGUGGGAUUGUGCCUCAUCUCGACAUGAUCACAUGGAAUGUUGCAGAAAAAAGAAUGUUCUACCAUUAUGCAUGCAGUACUGUGAAAGUUCACAUGCAGUACCAGCCGACUACCUCAACCAUCUGGUCUGCCUUCAAAAUUUUGAUGCUAUUCGCGAUUGCUUCCGUGAUCAUCUCGAGAAGAAUCCUAACAUUUUUGGUGAUAACUGA